AUGUCAAGUGUCAGAGCAGGUGCGCUCAUGUCCUGCUCCGCUCCAGGGUCCCCUAUCCUUAUCUCGGUCGCUGAUGCCGGUCGCUGGCUCGCAGGGGCGCCCCCACCACCCAAGGUGAUCACCAAGUUGGCCGAGGAUGUCGUCAAUCGCAUCGCAGCUGGCGAGGUCAGUUGGUUCGAGAGUCGUCGGGAACGACAUUCCAAGCUGAACUCUAAACAUAGUGGCCGAGCUCGUGGUGCCACAGAUCAUCCAGCGACCGGCGAACGCGCUCAAGGAGUUGAUCGAGAACGCGCUCGACGCGGGAUCCACCUCGAUUCGCAUCACCGUCAAAGAUGGUGGGAUCAAACUGCUUCAGAUUCAAGAUAACGGCUCCGGGAUCAGGGUCAGUCCCUUGCACCUGCAAGCCGAGCCAGGCUCCCACCUCCCAAGCCCUCUCGGAUGAGCUAAUGUAAUGUCAGCACGCGUCGCGACGCCCCACCCUCGUCGACCACGCUCUCUCGCCCCCUCUCUUCUAACGAACAUCAGAAAGCAGAUCUUCCUAUCCUGUGUGAACGCUUCACCACGUCUAAACUCAAGGCGUUCGAUGACUUGAGUCGAUUGGGGACCUAUGGCUUUCGCGGGGAAGCACUAGCCAGCAUCAGUCAUGUCGCUCACAUCUCCGUCACGACCAAGACACGGGACGAUGCCUGUGCUUGGAAGUCAGUGUGGUCCUCUUAUGGUCCCGAAGAUGCGAAGACAGGGGAACCUACUGACCUCGAUCAUUCAUCUCUCCUAUGCAACGCCUUUUUGUCAAUACCCGGCUUCACACGAAAAUUUCGACGAGCAGGGCCUCGUACUCCGAUGGAGUCAUGAUUCCGGUCAAAGCAGGUGCUACCAGCAAUGAGCCAGUCCCAUGUGCUGGCAACGACGGCACACUGAUCGUCGUGAGCACUUCGUAGGCGGCCAACCGACUGAGAAGAGUUUCAUUCUGAUCGCCUCGAACUUUUUCCAGGUCGAGGACCUGUUCUACAAUGUGCCGAUGCGACUCAAAGCCUUGCGAUCAUCGUCGGAUGAAUACUUGCACAUCGUUGCUGUGGUAUUACAGUACUCGAUCCACAACGCCGGUGUCGCGAUGGUCUGCAAGAAAGCGAGCUCGGCCAAUCCAGAAGUCAACACUCCUGUCGGAGCUACGGUCCUUGACAACAUUGGACUGCAUUACGGCGAGCACGUCAAGAGGGAACUGGUAGAACUGGAUUUGAAGGACGAGGAGCUUGGGAUCAAAGCGACAGGAUGGUUGAGUGGACCGAACUACGGCGUCAAGAAAGGAACGUUCUUGUUCUUCAUCAACCGUUCGUUUUUCAGGGCUCUUCGCUCCGCCGUUGCCUGAUCGCAAUGCUCAUGCUACUUCCCCUUUGACCCCUUAUUCUAGAUCGCCUUGUCAAAUGCUCCUCCCUCAAACAAGCCCUCGAAGCAUUCUACGCCGCAUUGCUCGCCAAGGGCUCCCAUCCCUUCGUCUACCUCUCGCUCGAGAUCAGUCCCAGCAAAGUCGACGUCAACGUGCAUCCGACCAAGAGCGAGGUUGGCUUUGAGGACGAAGACGAGGUCGUCAAGGUCAUAUGUGACGCGUUAGCUAAUAAGUUCGCCGCAUCGAACGAGUCGAGAAGCUUUCAGAUUCAGGUCAGUUGUCAUCUUUGCCGGGCUCGAGCAGUGUCUUGAUUGAAGGGCUAAUGUCGCGCCGGGCUCGGUUUGCUUCUUCAGACCUUGCUUCCCGGAGCGUCUCGACCCAGCGAUGUUCCCUCGACCUCGACUCGUGAUCAAGGUGGGAGCAACAAUACCGGCCCCUCGUCAACCUCUACGAGUAUACGCAAAGUCGCCCCCAAAUCGAUGAUCAGAACGGAUCACAAGACGAGGACCCUUGACUCCAUGUUCGAGCCCGUGUCUUCACCGUUGCAUGAUCAGGAUAGGGGGAAAGGGAAAGGAAGGUUGAUGGAGGUUGAUGAUGAUGGAGAUCAGGUGAUCGAUCCGGGAAGAGAAGACGAAAAUGAAGAUCAACCGUCGGUAUUGUCGAAGCGGAAGCGGACGCUGGGUGCCGAAGAGGACGAAAAUGAAGACGACGAUGAUAUCGUAAUAGAGGAGGAACCUCGAUCGAUAUCAUCUAUCCGUCCCGAGCUUCAAAAGGCAACGAGCGUCAAGAUACCUCAAAGCCAAACGACAUUGAGGAGCAUUCGGGAGCUGAGACAAGAAGUGCUUGAUCGGGCCGACAAAGGUAUGUUGACUCGAAGAGAACCCUGGUUCCAUUUUUUCCGAGCUUAAUACGUCGACCACUAUAUUCAGAUCUCGACGCCAUCGUCAAAGGUCACAUUUUCGUCGGGGUCGCCGACCUGAGGUCACACUUGUCGCUGAUCCAGCAUCGGACGAAGCUUUAUUCGGUCAAUCAUGCGGCAUUGUCGUGAGUCCAUGCUUAUUUCCGAAUUCACCCCAUCUGAGGAAGAGCCGUCCGCUGACAGGAAGUUCCUCACAGUGAAGAGCUGUUCUACCAACUUGCACUGCGUCAAUUUGGCCAACUUGCUCGCAUCGACCUGCAACCUCCCGUUCCUCUGCGCGACACGAUCAAGCUAGCCGUAGAGAGUGACGAGGGCAGGGAAGCGGCACAAAUGCCUACAGAAGAGAUCGUCGAGGUGAGAACGCUUUCGUUGCCGUCAGAUACGGCUAGAGCCGGGGCUCACUCCCUUGUUGUUUGCUUUUGCAGCGGCUGUACGAUACGAUCCACCAAGGGCGGGCGAUGCUGGAGGAGUACUUUGCCCUCUCGAUCUCGGUUGAGGGCAUGAUCGAAAGUUUGCCCCUCAUCAUACCGAGCUUCCUACCUAAUCUCGUCAAGCUUCCACUCUGUGAGUCCAGUUGCAGUGAGCCCGUGAAAGACCCAAGCACUGACUUGGUCCUGUUGUUCUUGUCCGACAAAGUUCUUCUACGCAUCGGCGUCGUCGUGGACUGGGAAGACGAAAAGCCAUGUUUCGAGUCGUUCCUACGCGAGCUCGCAUUCUUCUACAUCCCAGGACCCUCCGCCCCCGAGUUCGACGACAACGUCGCUGCCUCCGAAACGGACCCAUCCACAUCAGACGAACACCGCCCUGCUCCAAGUGGUCGGACCGAAGCGCAAGAGAAAGAGGAGAAGCGAGCAUUGCAGCACAUCGUGUGGCCCGUCGCAAAACAAUAUCUCGUUGCUCCUCAUCAUUUGAAGAAGAGGGAUGUGGUGCAGCUGACGAGUAUGGAGAAUUUGUUCAAAGUGUGAGUCGCUCGGGGGCGUUCAGUCGCUGACGUUUGAACUGGCGUGCUGAUUGUACCGUACUCAUUGACGGCUUCAGGUUCGAGAGGUGUUGAUUCUGGUUGCGUUGAUGAUGCAAAGCAGUAAAAAGUGCGAAUGA